GAAGUAAAAUUCUGAACCUGCUUGAAAGCAUUUCGAAGCAGUUGGCUUUUUGGCUUUCAAUCUUCUCCGAGCAGCUUCAGCUAUUCCAUCUGUAGCGGUGAUGGAUCGGCAGGCUCAUGACUAUGCAGCUGCAGCAGCUAUGGCCUUUGCUCAACAACAGCAACAGCAAGCAGCCAACAUCCAACAGCAGCAACAGUUUGGGUUUCAUCCACAGCACCAGCCAUUUCCUCAGCAAAUGCAUGGUCUUCCUUUUAUGCCCCCACAUCCUUCUCUUCAACAGUUUCCUUUCCAUCGAUUGCAACAGCAGCAACAGCAAUUCCAUCCCCAUCCACACCACCCUUCCCAUCCACUCCAUCUCCGACAGCAGCAGCAGCCACAACCGCCCUUUCCACCUCAUUUGCCCCCUCACCAUAUUCCUUCACCGUACCUUGGCCCAUUUGAUUCUGCCCCUCCUCCAGUUGCUCCCCCACCUGAACCUGAGCUCCACAAACGCAUUGAUAAGCUUGUUGAAUAUGCUGCCAAGAAUGGCCCUGAAUUUGAAUCCAUGAUACGUGAUAAGCAGCAAGACAAUCCUGCUUAUAGUUUUCUUUUCGGAGCUGAGGGGCAUGAUUACUACCACUACAAGCUUUGGUUAUCUACACAUUCCUCAGGUGCCCCUUUCAAUCCUCCCUUCCCUCCUUCCUCUAUGAUGCCUCCAAACCCCAUGAUGAAUCCAUCUCCACUAAACCCUUCUCCCUUGAAUCCCCCAGCUGCUGGUGCUGUGGCUUCUGCUUCCUUGUUGGGGACUCAAUUGCACCAGCCCCCUUUUCCUCCCUUUUAUGACCACCACCACCAGCAGCAUUCUCAACAUUUUAUGGCCCAGGCUCGACCAGAUUAUGACCCUUCAGCCAAGUCCUUCAAGGGCCUCUCUGGACCACUUCCUUCUGAUGUAGGAGCUGAGCUCAAUAAUGUUCUCAACAAUCUCACUGGUACUAAAGAAUCAAUCAAGGGUGCCAAGAUGUGGUUUAUGCAAAGGUCACCAUUUGCACCGGCUCUGGCAGAAGCUCUCAAAGAAAGGGUGCUUGCUCUUGAUGAUUCCGAGAGACAGUUGCAUAUUAUUUACCUUGCCAAUGACAUUCUUUUUGACAGCUUGCAGCGGCGGAUCAAUCCUACUGACCUUGAUAAUGAGGCCCUUGCCUUCAAACCUGUUCUGGGGACAAUGCUUGCAAGGGUUUAUCACAAUCCUCACAAUAAAGAGGCAAAUCAGUCUCGGCUGCAGAAAAUUUUGCUGUUCUGGGCUUCAAAGGAAGUUUAUGACCGUGAGACUAUUUAUGUCCUCGAGAGUGAAAUGAUGAAUGGGCCACCCAGUAGUUCAUUUUCUGGACCUCCAAAGGAGUCCUCUGCUUCUGCAGACCCUUCUAGCAACAUUGGGUUGUCACAUCAGGCACCAUCCCAGAAUCUUUCCCAAUGGCAACCCGACAAGCAAAUUGGUUCUGAUCAGGAGCAAGCAGAUAAACAAGCUUCUACAGCCACACCAUCAUCCAUGCCAAUUUCCCAAUUUGCACCACCUGCAAAUCAGCAAUAUCUUUCGAGUACAGUUCCGGGUGGCAUUUACCCACCAGUCACUACCACUCCUUUUGCAGGUGCUGUGCCGAUAUCUACCCCUAUUCAACCAGCAAAUCUUCCACUUGCCCCCAAUUUGUUGCCAACUUCAACAGCUAAUGUCGGAGAAAAGCUACCACCUUAUCCCCUCUUCCCUCCUGGCCUUAUUCCUGGAAUGGUGAAGAAGAUGCAGAUUGGAAGUGGGGUGCCCUACUCUCCGAUGAGUCCUUUGGACAUCCCUACCGUGAUCCCUCCAUCCACUGUACCUCCUACAGAGAUUUUAGAGAGAGUCUCACGGUUUUUCAAAGAGAUUGGAGAGGUAAACCCAUCUGAAGGGCCCAUGAAACCAUCUGAAUCGAAUGAUGAUGAGGAUGAGUAUGAGAUGGAGCCUCCUGUUCGGAAGGGAGGGGCUUGCAUACCUCCUCCCCCAAAUCUGCAGGUGGACCCUGAGACAGGGACUUUUGCUGAUGGGAGUGUAGAACGGAAACCAGGAUCCAGUAGCUCUGGACGAUUGGGGCUCGGAGCUGCAGCUAAUCCAAAUGAGGUGAGUCAGUACGAUGAUGUUUAUACUUCAUAUAGGAAACAGAGAAGCACCAGUUAUCAUUCAUCCAUGAGUGCCAGAUCUGCGACAAGGUGAUCCCCGACACAUUUUAGAAAGUAGGACCUUGAAUCAGUAUCAUCUUGCUUUUGGGAUGGUGAAAUCCAUCUUCUUGUUAUGUGCACAUAACAGUAGCUUUGACAUUUUUUUUUUUUGAGAUUCUUGCGGGUUGUGUUUUUUGCAAAUAAACUGUGAUUAGGAAUAGCGAUGAUGACAAUGAUCUGGUCCACAGUGAUGGUGAAAAUUUGAUGGUGGCAGGCUGGAUAUGAUGACAGGCCAUGUGAGGGUGAUGUAUUACGUGUGCUUGGUUUGCAGAAAUGGUUUAAAAUGAUGCCUUGAAACUGCAUGUGAAAGCAUUUGAAUGCACAAUACU